GCACUCAGUCACUCCCCUCCACAGACACAGAUUAUCCUCAACUGGAAGACAAGACUGACAGAGAGGGGGAGACCCCCACCAUCCGCAGCCUGGGGGGAGGGCAACAAGGUCAUCGGAUGUGUGGGACAGCAAGGACAUAAACAUGGCGGCUCCAGGUUACUCCUCACCUGCUCCGGGAUACCCCAACCCCCCAUACCCCUCUCCACCGUAUCCCACCGCCCCCUCCGCCCCGCCCGCACCUCUACCUCCUUCUCCUGGAUUCCAUGAUUACCCCGGAGGUGGGUGCAGCGUCCCCCCACAGCACCACAUGCACCCCCGCCCACAGCUGGAGCCAGCAGGGGGAGCACCUUAUAUGCCCGUCAGCAGCGGGAGCAACCCGAAUGCCUUGGAAUACCUGAGUCAGAUAGACCAAAUCCUCAUCCACCAGAAGACAGAACUUCUAGAAGCGGUGACGGGCUUCGAGACCUGCAAUCAGUACGAGCUGCGCAAUAUAAUGGGCCAGCGCAUCUUCUCGGUGCAGGAGAGGAGCACGGUGUGCGCUCGCUGCUGCUGCGGAUCCCUCCGCCCCCUCAAUCUGCACGUCUGCGACUACACGGGACGGGAGGUCAUCCACUUUGUCCGCCCACUCAGAUGUUCCAGCUGCUGCUUCCCCUGCUGCUUACAGGAGUUGGAGGUGCAGAGCCCCCCAGGUCAAACCAUCGGUUACGUUGCCCAGACGUGGCACCCGUUCCUCCCCAAGUACUCUCUGAUGACGGAGAGCCGGGAGCCGGUGUUGAAGGUGGUCGGUCCGUGUCUGAUGUCCAGCUGCUGUGGAGACAUUAACUUCCAGGUGAAGCCGCUGUGUGAGUCGCGCAGUGUGGGUCGGAUCAGUAAGCAGUGGACCGGACUACCCAAGGAAAUCUUCACAGAUGCCGAUAAUUUUGGGAUCCAGUUCCCGAAGGAUUUGGAUGUGAAGAUGAAAGCAGUGUUACUGGGCGCCUGCUUCCUGCUGGAUUACGCCUUUUUUGAGAGGUCACGCAACAGGACGGAGCGCAGCACCGUGAUUGGUUAACGGAUUUUCUCAUGACUGUAUCCCUUGUUACAUGAUCCUGUUUACACCCUCCUGACUAUAACUGCCCCUCCAUACCCCCCCCCCCCACUAGCCAUAUACCCCAAAGUUUACAGCGGUCUGUAUAAACUGACCUAUUUUGUACAGAUAUAUCUAUUCUAAACUUUUAUGUGUUUGACAAUAAAUAUUCAUCUGUA